AUGUUUUCUAAAUUAUUAAUGAAAAAGUAUAAAAUAGAAUCACAAUUCUAAAAGUACAUGUGAUUUUGUUCUGUAAAGCAUAAGCUAUCUACCUGAAACUAUUAUUUUGUCAAUUUCAACAUGUUCCAAAGGUGUAAAAGUUUAUGUCUAACAUCAAACAUAAAGUCACGGUACAAAAGCAUAUUAUCAAAGGCAGAAGCAAAAGAAAGAAGAAAUUUGCUCUUUGAAGAAGAAACGAAGAGGCAGAGGAAUGCAGUAGGAAGAAUUGAAAAGAUAGAAGUCAAAUAUCAAUCUCCUGUGGAAGAAGUUAUACUUAUCAUGAACAAACAUAUAUCAACUCCAUCUGAUUGUGCAAAACAUAUUUCUGAAGGUGUCACCAAAGUGUCUGCUCUUGCUUUAGUUAAUGGAAUGCCAUGGGAUAUGCACAAACCUUUAACAUCAGAUUGUGAAAUAAAAUUACUAAAUUUAUUGAGCCCAGAGAACAAAGCAGUGAACACAGCUUUCUGGCGAACUUGUUCAUUUAUCUUGGGUUCAGUUAUAGAUUCAGCAUUUAAGUCAGAUGUAAAAGUUCACUUGCACAGCUUUCCAGUGCCAAUCAUAAAAUCAGGCAGUUUUAUAUAUGAUGUAUAUCUUGAAUUAGACGAUUGGAAACCAACAAACCAAGAAAUGCGUGCAUUAUCUGCUCAAUAUAUUAAACUUUCAAGUAAGGAUUUGAAUAUAGAGAGGAUAGAGACCACAGAAAGUGUUGCACUUGACAUGUUUCUGGAUAAUCCUAUUAAGUCAGAACAAAUACCAGAUAUUGCAAAGAAUAACAACAACAAAGUCACAUUAUAUCGGAUUGGUGAUCACAUAGAUAUUAGUAAAGGACCUAUGGUAGGAAAUAGUUCAUUAAUAGGACGCUGUACAAUCGCUGCUGUUCAUAAAGUACCAGAUAAAGAAAAUUUGUAUAGAUUUCAAGGUGUAGCACUCCCUAAAGGAGUAUUUUUAAAUCAGUAUGCGUUCGGUAUAUUAGAGAAUCGUGCAAAAAUUCUUAAUACUACGACGUGGUCGUUUGUAUUGGACGAAAAUAACGAAGAUAGCUACGUGGAAGUAUCAGCUACAAAUUAA